UUGCUCGUCGCUUUGCCUCUCCUGGCAGCAGGCAGAGCCGUCGGCUCGUGCUGGCGGAGGCUCCCUAACUCGCUCUCCCUCCCUCUGCAAACGUUGGAUUUAAACCUGCUCAGAAUUCAGCGCAGACGAAAGCAGCGUCGGCAGCAGCAAGCAGCAAGCAAAUCAGCCGCGAGCCUACCGCAGCUCCAAGAUGUACCAUCCUGCCUGCUGGGUCGUCGUCACAGCCACCACUGCCCUGCUCUUCAUCCCAGGAGUGCCCGUGCGCAGCGGAGAUGCCGCCUUCCCCAAAGCCAUGGACAACGUGACGGUGCGGCAGGGGGAGAGCGCCACGCUCAGGUGUACCGUGGACGACAGGGUGACGCGGGUGGCGUGGUUGAACCGCAGCACCAUCCUCUAUGCCGGCAAUGACAAGUGGUCCAUAGACGACCGCGUGGUCAUCCUCUCCAACACCAAAACCCAGUACAGCAUCAAGAUCCAUAACGUGGACGUGUAUGACGAAGGCCCCUACACCUGCUCCGUGCAGACGGACAAUCACCCCAAGACGUCGCGCGUGCACCUCAUCGUGCAAGUUCCUCCGCAGAUCGUCAACAUCUCGUCGGACGUCACGGUGAACGAAGGCAGCAGCGUGACCCUCAUGUGCCUGGCCUUUGGGCGGCCGGAGCCCACCGUCACCUGGCGGCACCUCUCCGGGAAAGGGCCCGGGUUCGUGAGCGAGGACGAGUACCUGGAGAUCACGGGCAUCACGCGGGAGCAGUCUGGGGAGUAUGAGUGCAGCGCUGUCAACGAUGUGGCUGUCCCCGAUGUGCGGAAAGUGAAAAUCACCGUGAAUUACCCGCCGUUCAUCUCCAACGCCAAGAACACGGGUGCUUCGGUGGGCCAGAAGGGCAUCCUGCAGUGCGAAGCCUCGGCGGUGCCCGUGGCAGAGUUUCAGUGGUUCAAGGAGGACACCAGGUUAGCGAACGGCCUGGACGGGGUGCGCAUCGAGAACAAGGGGCGCCUGUCGACGCUGACCUUCUUCAACGUGUCUGAGAAGGACUACGGCAACUACACGUGUGUGGCCACGAACAAGCUGGGCAACACCAACGCCAGCAUCAUCUUGUACGGGCCCGGAGCGGUGCACGACGGCGGCAACGCGGCGUCCCGGGCGGCGGCCUGCCUCUGGCUCUGGGGAGCCCUCCUCGCGCGCCUCCUCCUCGGCUUUUGAUAAGAGAGCGGAGGGGCUUCGGAGGCGAUGCCGCGCCUCCCCUCCGCCGCGGACUCGGCCCCCCGCGCCGCCGGCCGCCCGCCCCGCGGGCGCCCGGGAGGAGGCCGCCCGGACCGGCGCGGCG